AGUGCCCAUUAUGACAUGUUGAUUCCAGCGUUGCUUGGCUCGCCCCUAGCUCUGAGGCUUUCAGUCGGCUCACAACAAACCUGAGAUUACAGUUUUCUGAUAGAAAAUGCUCAGUGAGCACCUCAGCAUCUGGAUGCGCUGUUUGGACGUCUUUUUCAAAGGAUCAUAUAAAACUCUAUCAGAUCACUUUUGAAGGAUUAUCCCAUGCUCUUGUGUUUGUGUGAAUAGACUGGUAAUUUUGGCAUUUUGAAGGCGAAUGACACCGCAGUUACCAUCAUUUCAUAUCAAGAAAGAGGUGAAAUGAUGAUUGCUCUUGCCUGACAGGACUCGUGGGAGCUCACUGCUGAAUAUGCAGGACUUAGUCGGGUCUGAUAUGACCAGGAAAUCCCCUGUCUUUGAUGGUUUCGCCCUCCUAUGGGCGUUGCUCUUUGGAGUAUUUAUUGUAAGUGCCACAGUGUUGGCUUGUCCCACAAGUUGUCACUGUAUAGAGAAGAGUGGCCUGGUGGUGGUCCAGUGUAUGUCUCGCAACUUGGAGAAGAUCCCAUCAGAUCUUCCACAAGAUACGGUUGUCCUACUUUUGUCAUCCAACCAUAUUACCCACAUCCCCAGCCACGUCUUCAAAGACCUGCAUUACCUUCAAGAGGUGGACCUGUCGAACAAUAACAUUGAGAAUGUGGAUAUUGGAGCAUUUCAAGGAGUUUCUGACACCCUCCUUGUCCUGGAUCUAUCACACAAUGCUAUCCAAAAUGUACCCAAAGAGACGUUUGCCCGUCUUCGAGCAAAAAUCAGUCUCUCGAACAACCCGUGGCACUGUGAGUGCACACUGCAGGAGGUCCUCAGGGACCUUCGGCUGGACCCCGAGACAGUGAAUGAGGUGGUCUGCCACACAGCAGUGCAGGAGGAAUAUGCAGGCAAACCGGUAAUCCAGGUGCUAGACUCAGGGAUCAACCUCUGCAACAUUCACCACAAGACCACCGAUGUAGCCAUGUUUGUCACCAUGUUCGGA